CACGUGCCUGACACUAGUUUUCAGCAAAGAGCGAUUAGCGAGGGUGUUGAAUGGCGAAAUCCUCUCUCUCACUCCAAUUCACAAUCCUCUUCUCUCUUUCUCUAUCCGCCGCCUACUCCAUCUCUUCCUCUCUCAAGUCGCUUUCGCUAUCCGCACCCUCCGGAGCCCCCAAGGCCACUCCUUCCGAUUUGCUCUCUCUUCUCGGCCCCAAACGCCGCUCCUCGGCGGUCAAUCCUCUUGUGGCCCAAGAACUCAAGUCAUGCUUCAAAUUUCUCGUGCCUUUUACUCCGAAUCGGAACGAAACGGUCCGUGGAAGCUGGUUUUCCCAUAGAAGGAGCUUGAGACCGGACAGAAAUGGAGGUCGGACGAGGAGAGAGGAGGAGGAGAACGAGCUCGUUUGGUGGCCCCCACGGCCAGUGUUGGAAUUGGCUCGGCUCGCCGUCGAUUCCGGUGGCGAUCCCGGAGCUAUUCAUAGAGCUCUUGACCCGACCAUAAUUCCUGUACCUGAUGUUGAAGGAUCAGAAGAAGUAAGGUGUCAGCUCACCAGAACACCAUAUGGGAGACACUUUAUAAGUGAGGAACUGAAUUCGUACUUUGAGUUGUUGUUUGAACUUAUUGUUGCUAGGGCUCCCGCUAUUGGGUUGAAUUUAUCGUUGACUCGCUAUGAUUUGUUUCAUGGGCACCUUUUAAUUGCCAGAGACACCGGAAGACUUGGUAUAUUGUUUCAUGCAAAAGAAUACCCAGCAUUUGAUAAAAAAACGUUUCCAUACAACAUGGGCUAUUGUCAAAGAGGGUCAAAUGUGACAUAUGAUGAUUCAAUGAACUUGCGAAAUAUUCUUUGGCUGGCUCCGUUGCCCAGCAAUUCAAACAAAGCUUGGGAAGCACCAGGUGUCCUGGUGGUGCUGGAUGCCUGUCCCGGAGGAAUUAUAUAUCGAGAUAUUAUACCUGAAUAUGCCAAUUUUGUGAGAACCAUAUAUGAAGAUGAUCUCGGGGAUGUUAUAGUCGAUGUCAAUUACUUGAACGUAGGAGAUGAAGUCCCAAAUUAUAAACUUUUCAUUUGUUGACAUUCUUUGUAAGUUACACCCGAACUUGUUUUACCCUUUUUUUUCUCUCUCCUGGCCAAUGGUGGUUGAACAGUAAAUCAAUCUCAAAUAACAGAUUGCCAUAAUAUUUGUGGAAAAACCGAGUAAUUGGAGAGGA